AUAAAGAAUAAAGAAAAAGUUCAUAAAAAUUAUAAAUUAUAAAAAAUUUUUAUAAUUUAUAACAAGCUAAUUCAAAAUAAACAAGUAUAUUAUAUUUGUUUUUUUAUUUUGUUUUGUAUAAUUUUAAGAAAUAUUAUUCAAAAAAUAAAAAAUAUCUUCCGAAAAAUAUUUUCUAUUAUAUAAUUCUUUUUUUUUGGAACGAUUAUAUUGAAAUCAAUUUUUUAUUUAUAUCAAAAUAAAAUUUUAAAUAUUUUUAAUAGUUUUAAUUCAAUAAGAUAUCAAUUAAAUAUCAAUUAUAUAAAUUUUUUGUUCAAUAAUUAAUUUUUAUCAUAGCACAUGGUUUAAUAUUGUGUGUGUUUAUUUACAUAUUAUUUACAUAUUAUUUUUCAUGUGUAAUUCUUAAUUUUCUUCAUACUCACGAUUCACCAAAUAUAUGUACAUAUCAUAUAAUUAAAUAACGUAUUAUUUAAUUAUUUCAUCUUCAUCUAUUCAUCAUUUCUAAUCCUGUGAAAUAAUUUUUUUUUUUUAUGUAAAACACGCGCGCACUAAUAUUAAAUAUCACAGUAAUAUCAUUCGCAAUUCACAAAAUUGUAUAAUAUAUUAUAUUUCACAAUUUUUAAUCACAUAUUCAAAGAAUUAAAUUAAAGAAUGAAAAUAUAAAAAAAGAUACAAUGAUACUCAAAGAUACAAAUUUAUUAUAAUUUAAUGAAUUAUUAAUUCAAUUUUUUAUAAACGAAUAAUUCAAAAUGAAAAGAAAACGGAUGCAAUUUGAUUCUUUUAUUUCUUUAAAUUCAAACUCAUAUUCGAUUAAAAAUGAAAAAAAAACACACAAGAAAGAACACUCUUGUGUGCGUUUUAAUGCAAACAAAAUGCAAUAAUUCUGAAAAAGUUAAAAAUCGAAUAAAUUGUUAAUUGAAAAAUAAAUAUUAUCGUGCAAUUGAAAAGAAAAAUUGUAUUUUCUUCAAUGAGAAUGUGAUUUUAUCUAAUAAUAAGUAUAAUAAAAUCAUUAAAUUGAACUAAUUCAGGUGGCACGUGUAUCAAAGUAGAGCGAGACGAUGUCGCGCGAAAAGUGAAGGCAGAAAGCAUGGAAUCUUACACGUACGCUCAUGUUUCCCACUUCUAGAAAAAUUCUUAUUAGGGAAACCCUUCGCAAUUGGUCGACUAGAACGCAAUCGUUUGGCGCAGCUUGGAAAUAUAAUGUUUACUGGCAAGACAUGCAGGAAAAAGGACAAUAAAUAUUUCUCUGCCCUUACUUCGAAAGCUAUUUUUCGUUCUUAGAUACAUAUGUACUAUCUUUGUUCAUCACAGAUUGAAGAGUGGUUGGAACUUGAUGCACGUGGUAGUUACAGAUUGGUUUACUUUUCCCUCUUCUUUCUUUUUUGUAUAAUACAUACAUACAAGAAUGUACAUUUACCAAAAGGAAAGAUUUAAACAUGAUACGUGAUUCAAAAAAAAAAAAUAUUUUAUAACAGCAACAUGUGCUAUAAUAUAUACUACUUUGAAAUUAUAAUACCAGUUUUGAUAUAUUUCUUAAAAAGUUAGUUCGUUUUAUCAUCUUAUUUUUAGCCUAUUAUCAUUAAUUAUUUUAUAUGACUAUCUCUUGUUGUUAUUAUCAAAUUAUUAGAGUCAUUUAAUUUUUUUUAACAAAAAUUAUUUCUUAAAUUAAAUAUUUUUUUUUUAUUACUUUUUGUACACAUAAUACAUAUAAAAAUUUUACGAUACACAUAUAAAUAUAUUAUGUUAUUUAUUAUAAUAAAUAAAUUUUAGUAUUAAUUAUACAAUCAUACAUAUAUAUAUUUACAAUUAAAAGAAAAAUAUAUUCGUUGAAAGUUUUCAUCGAAUAUCAUAUCAUUAUUAUUGAAUCCGAAAAUAAAAUAACUCAGCGCUAUAUACUAUAUAGUGUAAUUAUUGCAUUUCUAUAGUUGCAAGUUCAUCGGUUACAUACUUACUAUAUAUAGUCUAACCAUUAACAUUGUUGCUAUAUUUACUGUAUUUCUUAUUAUAAAUAACGCGUCUAAGAUACGAAUUGAAAAAAAAUAUCUUUUUUGAUUAUAUCGAGAUAGUAUCAUCUCAAUACGUGUAACUUGCUACGUGUAAAAUGAUCAUUGUAUGAUAUUGAUCGACUUUUUUUAUUCUUCAGACACUAUUUAAUGCUUAAAUGUAAAAGUUCCCCUUGCAAAAUCGAUUCGCCAAAUAAUCGUGUGUUGUAUAUUUCCCACGAGAACUCAUCGGAGGACAGUUAUUACUAACUAUAUAAAACAUGAUAACGCUUUGCUUUAAAAGGUUUUACUUUUAAAAGUAUGAAAUAGAAAUAUUGAAUAAUAUUUCAAAACUUAUAUUAUAUGUAAUAUAUAAAGUGUUUGUUUUUAUCAUAAUGCAGAAUAUAUUUUAUUUGAUAUUUUUGAUUAUUAUAAUUCUUUAAUAUUUGUAAUAAAUUUAUUAUUAAUUAAUAUUCUUUCGAUUUGAAAAUUUAAUUAAUAAUAAAUUACAAAGAUCAAUUUAUAUUGUGAUAUUAAUUAUAUUCAUUAUUAACAUUGAUCUUUUAAAAAUCCUCAGAUUUUAAAUACGUAAAAAGUAAAUUUUCUUUUAUCGAUGAAACUUUAUUUCAAGCUGUAUUUCAAAAUCCAAUAAAUAAUAAAUAUCCUUUAUAUUUCGAAUAUUCUAAAAAUAUAAAUUGUAUAUUUUGUCUGCAAUAUGAACACUUAACAAACGACAUGUAGUCAUAUGUGCAUUUUCCCACCUAGAGGAAAGUCGACGACAUAGGGAAACUCGGCAACGAAUAUAUAUAUGAAUAAAAGGGGUGAAUCACCCCAUCAUACUUCUUCUUGUGGGUUUUCUAUUUUUUUAUUCGAGUAAUAAAAUCAAAUCAAUGCAAAUUGAAUAUGCCAUUCAUGAAACUAAUCUUACGUUAAAAUAAAAAUUUACGAUUUUUUGCUUUUUCUUUUUUUUGUAUUUUAUUUUGUUAUCUUUCUUGUCUUCUUUUUAUAUUAUUACACUAUUCGAAAUAUUAUUAUUUACUAUUUAACUUUUUUUUUUAGCAUUUAGAUAAAUAUAAUUAUUGUAAUAACUAUAUUAUAUUUAUUAUAUAUAUAUAUAUAUAUACACUAAAAUAAAAAAAGUUUUUUUAAAAAUAAAAUUAAAUCAGUUUAUAUAAAAUUUUCUUCUUUUAUAUCAAUCAAAAUUUUAUUUGAUCAUUUUGAUAAAAUUAAUUACAUUUUAAUAAAAAAAAGAAAAGAUAUUCUUUGUGUAACAAAAUUGAAUUAUGUUGUCAUAUUACUAUUGAUCAAACAAACGAUGCAAUCGUCAGUUUACCAUUUGUAAACAAUGAAGAAACUUGUUUCAUAUCAAUCCUUGGAAUCAAUUCUUUCUGGUUAAUCUAUUUCUAUUUUUAUUUGAUCAAUAUUUGUAACAAUAAUAUAAAUAUCUUCAGUUAUAAAUCAUUGAAAUAAACUGCAAGAAUAUUUCAAAUUGAUACUUUGUGAUAAUUAUUUGUUCAAAGAAAAAACGGGAAGAAGAUUUACAUAUUUUAUCACAAGAAUAAAUCAAUAUUUGGUUAAAAAAUUGUCUUUAAUAAUAUUUAAGAAUUAAUUUUUUUCUAACUUUUUAAACAACGAGUGCAGAAGAUAUUAUUUUAACAAAAUAAAAAAGAAAUUUCAAAAAUUUAAAAUGGUACAAAGAGUGGGAAAUAAUGCGUCAAAAACAACUUAUACACAAUCAUUUGGAAAUCCAACAAAUCGAAAUAAAUCGAAAUUUAACGUUCAAGUUUGUUCAAAUCGCAGUCCUUGUGCGAAAACUGCAGAAUGUAGGGAUUCAGUAGAAGAGGAGAAGUUAGGUAAAGAAAAAACUAAAGUUAAAAUGAAAAUACAAGUUCAUGCUAUGAAGAAAAAAAGACCAGCACCUGCAAAAACUUUGACACAAAAAGAGUAUGACGAAUAUCAAAAAUAUAAUCGUUUGACAAAGGAAGAACAAGAAGCAGCUCUUAAAGCAGAAAAAGAAGAAAAGGAAAGACUUAUAAAAGAAAGUAUAGAGAGAAAAGAAGAAUUUCGUAAAUUAGAUCAAGAAAGGCCUCGAGAAAAAUGUCCGCAAUUGAUCGAAAUUGAAGAAGAAGCCAGAAGAAGAGCGAAGUAUGUUCUUGAAAGAGCAGAAAACAUGAGACUUGAACAGGAGGAAGAAAUUCAAAAAUGCAAUAGAAUCAUCUUAGAAACUAAAUGUCGAGCCAUUCGAGAUGCCCAGAUAGAAGAAAAGAAGUUAAUUAAACAUGAGAUGGAGGAGGAAGAAAAACGCCUAAACGAUAUGAUGGAAAACGAAAGAAGAUGGGCGAUUAAAGAAGAAAUUAGAAAGGAGCAAGAAGAAGCAAUAAAACGACAAAAAUUUGCUAGUAGUUUAAUGGAUCAAAUAAAAGAAAAUGAAGAAAAUAGGAUAUUAGAAUUUGAAAAAAAGCAAGAAGAAAGUCGAUUAAUUAAUUUAAGCAAUAUUAAUUGGCAACAAGAAGAAAUUUCAAAACUACGAAAUAAAGAAAUUGAAAACGCGCUAAUUCGACAACAACUUGCUGAAGGGAAUGAGCAAUUGAAACACUUGAAAGCUAUGGAAGAACAAGAAAAUAAAAUCAUUGAUCUUAGAAUAAAAGAAUAUCAACGCUAUAAAGAUGAAAGAGAAGCAAAACUGAAAGAAGAACAAAGAUUGGAAAAGUUAAAAAAAGAAAAAACCAAAGAAACUCUUGCAACACAAAAGUUGCAAGAAAAAGAUAUUCAAGAACGACUCGAUGAGUUAACUGCUGCAAGAAUUCAAGAAGAAGUGGAGAGACGAUGGAGACAAAAAGAAAAAGAAGAAGCUUUAAAAAAAGCAGAAGCACAGAAAUUACUUAUCAAAGAAAGAGAGAAACAAAUAAAUAAUAAACGAACAAUGGAAGCAAUUGAACUCGAGAGGGAACGACGUGAAUUUGAAAAAAUUGUACGCGUUCAAAGGGAAGCUUUCUGUCGAGAACAAAAAGAACUUGAAAAAAAACAGAGACAAGCAUUAAUUCAUAGAAGCGAAAUACUAAAACAGGUAAAUAAUAAAGAAAGAGAACGUAUCGAAGCAAGACAAAGAAUGUUUGAAGAAGGUUUAGCAAUUCGUACAGAAGCCGAGAUGCGUAAGAAAAAAUUGCGCGAAACAAUGGAUAAAAAAUGUGAUGAAAUGAGAAAGAACAAAGUGCCUGAAAUGUAUAUCAGUGAAGUGAAACGAUUGAUCAGUAAUAUACAAUAAAUUUACAACUAUAACUAUUUAUAACUAUUUAUCUAUCAUUGAUUAUAAAUUAUAUAUAUAUAUCCUGCAUGUUAUCAUAUUUCUGCUUAUAUGAAUGAAUUUUAUUACAUUAAAAUUAUAAAAAUCAAAUUUCACAAAA